AUGCUGCGGCAUGCCUAUGCUAAAGACCGUUCAAAGCAGCUAGAACCCUAUUUUUUAGAUCUGUUACUGCAGUGUAUUCUCUCAAAAAAUUACGCAGAAAGUUUUAAUGAAUCCGAAUCCUGUGCAGUAACUUUCUAUCAAGAACUCUGUCCAUCAUACAUUCUGUCAAAUUCAAGUGAACGUCAAAAUGAAGUUGCAAAACUGCUAUGCCGUCCGUUGUUAAAUAUUCAACACAAGAUCGUCACGAAACAACCUAUGAUCUCAGACGUAGCCGCUCGUUGUAAAGCUGAUACUGGUCGAGUUUACUAUUUGGAACUAUUGAACUUUUGUGCAACACUGAAAGAAACACGAGAUGUCUUUGUUGAGCAUAUCUCAAUUGUAGAGAACUUAUUUCAAAUUUUGAAAACAGAUGCUAAUGUCAAAGUGGUAGAGCGACAAACAGAAAGAGACAUCUGGGUACUCCCUGAUGGUACUCGAGAUACAAAAACGGAACUGGAAUGGAUAUGGGUUUUAGAUUCUGUUCGAAACAUACCUCUAGUUUCUAUUACUUUAACAUUAUUCUAUAAUUUAAUACUUAAUCCGGAUUUGGCUUUGGCUAUAAAAACGAUUUUCAAUGUUCCACCGUAUAUUCCGAAUAAGAAAGACAAGAACAAGCGGCCACCUGUUGAUAUUCUAAAACUAUUGAGUAGUGUAUCAGACAGGAAGAUUCUAUUUGCAGCUCGAACACUGAUUGCAUUAACUAUGAAUAAUAUCGAUCUUCUACAUAAUCCACGGGAUAUGACACUUUCGUAUAUUACCUAUUUUGAUAAAGCCACGAAAGAUCCAUCACAGAAACAUGAAGGUGUUCACCUGAGCAAUCUUGCAAAUAACUUCAAAACUAUUGUACAAAAUCAAACGGUUAAAGCGGAACUAGUCGAACACAAAGGUUUGCCAUUGCUUACAAAAGCUGCAUGGGAACCACAGUUUGAUGUUACGACAGUUCAUCAACCAGCAUUAGAUAUUAUUUGGGCUGUUAGUUUCUAUAGAAAGGCUGCUCAGAUCUGGCGGAAAGAUGAUAUACUGAUGCAAAAACUAGCUCUACUUUUAAAGUCCGAUGUAAAAGAGUUGGAACGGGCUGCUGACGGUAUAUUAUGGCGUCUAUUAAAGGAAGAGGAAUUUAGAGCUAAGAUAACGAAUACUGAAGCAAAUGGAGAUAUUGGAGCUUCGGCAGCAGAUGAACUUGAGGACGACUACGAUUCAAUGUAUGUACCAAUCAAAGAAAACGGUAAAUUGCAGUACUACAAAUUACGUCACUUGCUUACACCUGAACAACAGGCAAAUCUGGAUGAAUAUAGAUUUCAAGAAUCUAAAACUGAGAAAGAGAAAAGUGUCAAAGGAUCUUUAUUCAAAUAUGAUAUUAUGAUCAGUUACUCUCACGAUAAUCGGGAUUUAUGCUAUUUGAUCCACGAAUGCUUAUUGAAAUUAAAGAAAUACCAAGUGUGGAUCGAUAAGGACAGAAUGCACGGAUCCUUGAUGGAACGUAUGGCAGAGGCAAUCGAAGACUCACAGACAGUUCUCAUCUGUAUGUCAAGUAAAUACAAGCUGAGUCAAGCGUGUCAAGCGGAAGUUGAAUACGCAUAUAAACGUAAACGUCAAUUAAUUUUCCUGAAAUUAGAACCAAAGUACGAUCCAAAUGGUUGGCUCGGAUUUUUUCUUGGAGUUAAAUAUUAUAUUGACUUUACAAAAACAGAUUUUCGUAAAGCAUUCGAAGACUUGUUUACACAGAUCAAUAGAUCACGCAAUUUGGACACGGACUGCUCGAUACUAGAGAAGAUAAUUAAUUCCGACGUUGUGGAUCAAGCAGCUAAAAUUGUUGAAAAAGCUUUAACCGCUUUACAACCGAAAACUAAUGUUACUAAGAAGCCAUCCGAUAAAAGUAAAGAUUUCGCAGUUGUGAAACCGGACAUUCCUGCGAUAACUGCAAAGACAGAAACUCUGCCCUCGAUCGCAAAGCCCUAUAU